GGGAAGAAGGUCAUAUUAAGUCAUUUGGGGAGUUCUGAGACAUAUCUGAUCUCACGGUCUUAUUUUCCUCUCCCUAGCUCUAGCCUCUGUGCUUCUCCUGUCAAAUCAGCGCCAAGGAAGACUGACCAGUUCUUGAAUUUCUAAACCAUGGACUAUGGAUCAAUGAUGUUCAAUGAUGUAUCCAUAGUCUUCUCUCAGGAAGAAUGGGAAUACCUGGACUUGGAACAGAGGCACUUGUACAGAGAUGUGAUGUUGGAGAACUACAGCAACUUGGUCUCCCUGGCGGGAUGCUUCAUUUCUAAACCAGAUGUGAUUUCCUUAUUGGAGCAAGGAAAAGAGCCCUGGAAAGUUAUGAGGAAAGGACGAAGACAAUAUUCAGAUUUGGAUACUAGGUAUGAGACCAAGAAGUUAUCUUCAGGAAAUGACAUUUAUGAAAUAAAUUUAUCCCAGUGGAAAAUAAUGGAAAGAAUUAAAAACCAUGGCCUUAAGGGCCUCAUUUUAAAAAAUGAUUGGGAACCCAAAAGACAAUUUGAAGAAGAGGGACCUCAAGAGGGAUAUUUCAGUCAAGUAAAAAUUGCAUCUGAAAAAGUGUCCUCUUACCAGAAAUGCACGUCUGUUACUCCACACCAGAGAAAUCGUUUUGUUGAGAAACCCUAUGAAUGUAAGGAAUGUGGGAAGGCUUUUAGAGUGCGCCAACAACUUACUUUUCAUCACAGAAUUCAUACUGGUGAAAAACCCUACCAAUGUAAGGAAUGUGGGAUGGCCUUUAGACAGACUGCACAUCUUACUCGACAUCAGAGACUUCAUUCUGGUGAAAAACUUUAUGAAUGUAAGGAAUGUGGAGAAGCUUUCAUAUGUGGCCCAGACCUUAGAGUACAUCAGAAAAUUCAUAUUGGUGAGAAGCCCUAUGAGUGUAAAGAAUGCGGGAAGGCCUUUAGAGUGCGAGGACAACUUACUCUCCACCAGAGGAUUCAUACUGGUGAGAAACCCUAUGUGUGUAAAGAAUGUGGGAAGGCCUUUAGACAGUAUGCACACCUUACUCGACAUCAGAAGCUUAAUAUGGCUGACAAACUAUAUGAAUGUAAAGAAUGCGGGAAGGCAUUUUUGUGUGGCUCUGGGCUUAGAGUACAUCACAAACUUCAUACUGGUGAGAAACCCUAUGAAUGUAAGGAAUGUGGGAAGGCCUUUAGGGUGCGACAACAACUGACACUCCAUCAGAGAACCCAUACUGGUGAGAAACCCUAUGAAUGUAACGAAUGUGGAAAGACCUUUAGUCGUGGUUAUCAUCUUAUUCUCCAUUACAGAAUUCAUACUGGUGAAAAACCUUAUGAAUGUAAGGAAUGCUGGAAGGCCUUUAGUCGUUACUCACAACUUAUUUCACAUCAGAGUAUUCACAUUGGUGUUAAACCCUAUGAUUGUAAGGAAUGUGGGAAGGCCUUUAGAUUACUCUCGCAACUUACACAGCAUCAGAGUAUUCAUGUUGGUGAGAAACCCUAUAAAUGUAAGGAAUGUGGGAAGGCCUUUAGGUUGCGCCAAAAACUUACUCUACAUCAGAGUAUUCAUACUGGUGAAAAACCCUUUGAGUGUAAGGAAUGUAGGAAGGCCUUUAGACUUAAUUCAUCCCUUAUUCAACAUCUAAGAAUUCAUUCUGGUGAGAAACCCUAUGAAUGUAAGGAAUGUAAGAAGGCCUUUAGACAACAUUCACACCUUACCCAUCAUCUAAAAAUUCAUAAUGUAAAAAUAUAGGAAAGUCUUUUCAGUCCUGUGUUAUAGAACAUUCUAUGAAUAUAGUAAUUAAUCUCUUCUGCUUCAUGCAUACAACUGACUUAGCAUGAGGUUUUUAUGCCUUUAAAAGAAUGUGUUAAUUUAAUGUAUUCCACUGUCACUCAAACCAGAGACUUCAGCUGAUUUGUUUUAAAAACUAAUCCUAAUAACAUAACAAACAUAUGAAAGGCAUUUCUCACCCUAUUCCAUCGUUUUCCUACUUGUGUUAUGUUGAACAAGACACAACUGCUCUGUACUACAAUUUCUUCAUUUGUUAAAUGGUGAUAUAAAACUGUGGCAAAGAUAGCUGCAAAUUCUUUGUCACGCUUUUUAUCAGGAGGGGAAAUCCAUGUCCCUUCCCUUGAAUAUGGGCAGAUAGUGACUGAUUUGUCCAGCAGAACAUAGUAGAAGUACUGCUGUGCCAGUUUCUGGACCCAGGUUUUAGUGGUAGGGUUACUUCAUCCUUUGAAAUACUCUCUUAAGACCUGAACUGUCAUGCUAAACAGUCUGGCUAAUUUGCUAAAGAGACCACAUGGAGAGGCCCAGAGACUACAUAGUGACAGAGAGGCACCUCCUGAACCUAAGUCUUCCAGACAUGCCCACCAAGACGCUAGACAUUUGAAAUGAAAUAGUUUUGGAUCCUGCAGACCAGCCACCAGCUGAAUGCCACUUAGUGACCUUGGCUGACACCAUAUAGAAUAGAAAAAUCGACCAGCUGAGCCCUUGCUCAAAUUCCUGACCCACAAAACCAUGUUAUAAUAAAAUGGUUGUUUUAAGCUACCAAAUUUUCUAUUAUCAUCAUCCAUAAUAUUAUUCUUUUGAGAAUUCGUAUGAAAGGCUAUGGGAAUAAUGAAUGUAGAAAUGCCUUCCACCAACAUUUAUCCCUUAUUGAACUUCAAAUAUCUUAUUCUGUUAAAAUAUUGGAAAUGAGAAAAAUUUUUUAAAUUUGUUCAUGAAAUAUAUUCUACAUUCUACAUUCUCUGGCUGCAGCCAAUAUUUAAGUAAAAAUUAACAAAGGAAACAUAAAAGAAAUUAUUUGUAAAUUUAAAGUCACCCAUGUUAUAAUUGCUGCAUUAAAUUUUUAAAAAUUACUUCAUUGUAGCUUUUUUUCAUGCUAAAUUGUCCUAUCUGGGGCCAGUGGUAAUCCCCUCAAAUUGGGUCCUGUGUGCUUUUG